AUGACUUCUCGCAAAUUACAAGCUGAAGUGGAUAAAACAUUAAAAAAGGUAAAUAAUGUUGAUGUUACAGAAGGGGUUGCAGCAUUUGAAAGUAUUUAUGAAAAAAUGCAAUCAACAAGCAAUCAAUCUCAGAAAGAUAAACUUGAAGGAGAUUUAAAAAAAGAAAUUAAAAAACUUCAAAGAAUGAGAGAUCAUAUUAAAACAUGGGCAGCAAGUAAUGAUAUUAAAGAUAAAAAGCCUCUUCAGGAAAACAGGAAACUUAUAGAAAUGCAAAUGGAACGAUUUAAAGCAUGUGAAAAAGAGAUAAAAACAAAAGCCUUUAGCAAAGAAGGUCUUCUUUCAGCUGUAAAAUUGGAUCCUAAAGAAAAAGAAAGAUUAGAAAUGAGUCAUUGGUUAUCUUCUAUGGUUGAUGAAUUAGAAAGACAAAUUGAGCAGCUAGAGACAGAAUCCGAGAUAUUGCAAGGAUCUUUGAAAAAAAAAAACAAAGAAUGUAUAAAAUCCGAAAGAUUAGAACAAGUUGAGCAUUUACUAGAACGACAUAAAUGGCAUCAAGAUAAACUCGAAUUAAUUUUAAGGCUCCUUGAAAAUGGGAAUAUACAAGUAGAAAAAGUAUUCGAAGUUCAAGAAGAUAUUAAGUAUUAUGUUGAAUCAAAUCAAGAUGCAAAUUUUACAGAAAACGAAAAUAUUUACGAAAACUUGAAUUUAAACGAAGAAAUAUUUGGGCGAGGUCUAGAUAAUGAAGUAGAUUCGUCUUUAGAUACGCAAUCUUUAGCAGAUGAAACAUCACCUCAAAAAGAUAAAGAUGAUAAAACGAAAUCUACAGAAUCUUUGAAUGCAACAAUUUCAUCCAAAACAAGAUCAACAGAGUCUCUGAAUACAAUAGUAACGCCUAAAAUAAAAUCCAAAUCACCUACAUUAAUAGAUACAAAUCUAUAUCAAGCUACUAAUGGAGCAACAAAAGCAUCUCAAAUUAAAACACAAAUCGAACCUUUAAAAUACUCAUCUACAGCGCCUAAUUCUCCAAAUGCUAAUGGAAUAUUUCCUUUACAAUUAUCAAAUACAAAAGUACAAACAACAUCAUCAACACCACAAGAAACAUCUCCUUUGAUCUCUUCAUUUUCUAAUCAUCAGAAUGAAUUAAUAAAACCACCAGAUAUCCAAGAAACUGUAGAUGAAUACCAAGAAAAACCAGUACUAGAACCAUUAGAAAAUACCGAUGGUUCAUUAGAAGCAUUACCACAAGAAGUAACCUAUGAUAUGCCACUAAUAGAAAAGCUACCUAUUGAGUCUCAGGCAUAUUCUUCGAAUUCGUUAGAUUUAUCGCGGCUUCCACAAAGUCUUAAAGACUUACUUUCGUCAUUAAAAACAGUUAAACAAAGAAUCUUGAAUCCUCCACCAAUAUCCAUUAUACAUCGUCUUUUGGAAAUAUCUUUUACUACUGCGCCAGAACUUGUAAAUUCAGAAACUCCGAAAUAUUAUAUUCCAUCCGAACCAUAUCCAGUUCCAUCAUAUUAUCCACAAGUGCCUCCUGCAAUAUUUGAUUCACCAGAAUUAUUUGAGAAAAUCGAUAUUGAUGCACUAUUUUUUGUGUUCUAUUAUCAACAAGGAACAUAUCAACAGUAUUUAGCUGCAAAGGAAUUAAAAAGACAAGCAUGGAGAUUUCACAAAAAAUAUCUUACAUGGUUUCAAAGACAUGAAGAGCCGAAAAUAAUUACAGAUGAAUAUGAAUCAGGAACCUACAGGUAUUUCGAUUUCGAGGGCGCAUGGGUACAACGAAAAAAGGUAAUACUACCUCUAAUAGGUAUAUUACUAAUUACCAUACAGCCGGACUUCAAAUUUCAAUAUAUGUACCUUGAAGAUGAAGAUUAA